ACACAUUUUCGUUACGCUCCCAGUUAUUUAGUGCGCCUUGGCGGGCAGAGGAGGGAGAGGCCGUGAUUCAACGUUUCGUUACACAGUGCUGUGCCGUGGGCUAGCGUGCUUGUUCUGAAAUAAAAACUGUGACUUGGUUAUUUGUGGUUUUUUUAAAAACAAAAACGACCCCGACAUGCCGAAUUCUAACGCUGAACGCGUACGGGCAUACCGUGACAGGAUGCGGACACUCAAGUCGCCGAAAAAGAAAGCGAAAACGGGGGCACAGCGGGCGAAGGAGUAUCGUAUAAGAAAAAAGGCAAGGCUAAUGGCGUUGAUGCCUCCGUCAAUGGAGCAGAUGACUGCGAUGAGAGACCUUGCUGCUCUAUACGGCGAAUGUUCCAGUGACGAUCCGCUUAGGCGUACACCCAAGAGCGGAGCCGAGCGUACAAGGGAGUAUAGAAUAAGAAAAAAGGCUUAUGAAAUGGCCUACUCCUCGUCGCCUGGCCAGUUCCCUCUGCCGGAGAACUUUGAACUCUCGUCAUGUUCCUCCACGAGCAACGACGUGCCAACGACUGUUGCUUUCAACAGACAUCUGGGUCUACCACUUCCGGAGCAACCAACAUUUCCGGGUCAGCCACCCCUCCAGGGGAAGUACGGAGUCGACCGACCAUUCCACCAAUGGCAAGCCGACCCCCAAAAAUUCGGGAUCCCCUUUACUGGUAGAGCCUCGCAAACCACACCCGAGGAUAUCGAAAGACUGAACAAACUCCAAGCACAGAUGCUCGGUGUGAAGAAUUACAACACGACUGGGAUUCGAUCCCAGUCCUUCUUAUCGAAGUCUCCAGUCCUGAUGGAAAUUCUGGAACUCUCCGAUAGUUUAUUGCGCUCCUACAAGAGUUCAGAUCGUCUUGAAUCAGCAUCAACCUCCCAUGAAGCACUUCCAUCAUCUUCAUUCUCUCUUCCAAGUGGUGAAAGUUCCUUAGCUUCAAAGGCAGGAAUAAAGAGUGAAAUUUCAGAUACACCCUAUGAAGGCAAGGGCAAGGGAAAAGCAAAAGCUUCGCUACCACUACAUAUUAGCCGCAAGUUAGUUGAUGGAAACAAAGCUGUAACAAUUGAAUAUAAUUCAGAGGAAGAUGAGGAAUAUAUAGCUGUAAAUGCUGGAGAAGGUGCCCCAUGGAAGUUAGAAUAUAACAAUGAAACAGACUCAGAAGAUUUGGAAAUGACUGGACGUUUAGAAGACCAAGAAGCCAUGUUAACUGGUCAAAAAGAGUCAGAUUAUUUACAGGAUAGAAUCACAGAUGUACAGGUUAAAGAUGAACCAGAAGACACAGGGUAUGAAAACCGGUUGAACGCACCCACUGGCCAUGACUCCAAUGCUAACUCUAGGAAUUCUUCACCUCUUCCUCCAAUUCACUUUGAGAACACCUUACCUGUGCCGACUGGUGUCCCACCUUCCAUCACAGCACACCCUGUUCAGAUACCUCUAAAUGAUCUCUUUGCUGGAUCUACCAUUCGCAGCCAGCUUCAGGGUGCAAUAGCAGGCAAGAAGAUGGAUACAGUGCAGAACAUUGUCGAGGGUCUUCUAAAAAAGAAUGAAACUCUACUUGCUAUGAGUGAUGCUGGUGGCUUUAAGCCUAAUGCCCGUCGAGCUCGUGCAGCGCAUGAUGGUUUUAUUAAGAGAUCCGAGCCAGCUUUUCCAGCUGCUGGCAAGCCAACUGUGUUUCCGAUUUCAUCCACAUUGCAAGCUCGCGUGGAUGUAUCAAAUAGAAAAAAUGUCGAGAAUGUGUUGAAACCCCGAAUGGCUAGACCUAAAAGCCCCACUCUGAGACAUACCUCAAUACUUAAAGACAAGACACAUUUUACUUACGCCCUUAUGGAAUCUAAUGCAGCUGACAAUGAAAUUGAGAAAAUUUUCAAUGUUCAAAACCAUGAACUCGUGUGUGGGAUUAGCUCUAAGUCAUUUGUUACAGAUAAAUCAGACAAAGUUGUAGCGUCGUUGGAUUUUGGUUACUUUUGGUGUAACUUUUGUCCUUUUACCACAAACAAUAAACCUUUGUUGAUUCAGCAUGCUCUGGAGCAUAGGUUUAGCUGUAAAUUUUGUGUCUACGAAUCAUUCUGCCGAUCAGAUGUUGUUCGACACAUGCAUAAGGUUCACUCUGAAAACUUUACAGAAACGGCAAGUAGACUCUCUUAUUGUACACUGCUAUCUGACUAUUUGCGUGUUAAAGCACGGGCUGAAGGUAAAGAAAACAAGGACCCGGAUGAAGAUAUUGAUGACAUCGACCCACAAGAAAUGCAGAAGGCACUUGAAGAGCUUGAGCACAGGAAAAGAAAAACUGAUUCUACAUUUAAUGAGGCUGUGCCAUCGCCAGCCAAGUCAGCAAAAGUUGAUUCAGAAGAUGGGGAAAGUUUAGAUGGAGUGCAUAAAGACCGUUUGGGCAAAUCCAGAAAAAGCCAGCACCCUAAAAGGCAUGCACCACUUAAAGAUUCUGAUUAUGACAUUUUUGAAAUGGAAGUUGAGGAAAUCAGUGAAGCACCGGAGCCUCCAGAUGAUUCAGAAUCAGAUAGGGUCCUUUAUUCAUCUAACCAUAACUCUCCUAAUCCCUACCUACAUGGACAUGAUAACCAGCCUCAUCCUACAGGUAUGAUGCAGGCUGCUUCCCAUUCUCAAAAUAGUCCUAUGCAAAAUUAUCCAUCCAGCUCAUCUUCAUCCAAACCCCAGCGAGGCAGUUCAGGAAAUAAAGUCCGAGGUCCCUAUGUGAGAAACAAUCGUAGUUCUAGCACUUCUAGCCUUUACUGGAGUUGUGGUUACUGUUCAUUUCAGAGCAAUAGCCAGGCAGAAAUCAAAGAACAUUCCAACAGAGAACAUCCUGGAAAACCACAUAGGUAUGUUGCUCUUAUUAAAAAUAUGACCCCAGAUUCCAUCAUAAAUAAAAAUCCUCGCACUGUAAAUAGAAAUUCUAAUGUUAAGCACUCAGUACCUGCAAUCAGCCCUGAUUCCAGGCACAGAAGCCAAUCUCCGCAAGUGCACCAUUCACCCGCUUCCUCAGUUCUAUCUCAGGCCUCCAAUGACAGCUUUCCUACAAAUGGGGAAGAGGAGGCUGAGGAUAUUGUGUCUCUCAGAGACUCACCCAGCUCGCUCAAAGUAAAAUUAGCUCCAGCACGAGGAGCUAAAAAAGAAAGUACUGUAUACCGCUGCUACCACUGUACUUACACAGCUAAACGCCAUUCUUCCAUGAAAAGUCACAUUUACUACAAGCACAGAGGGAAGGGUCUUGUGGCUGUGGAUGAAGAGUCUAGCACGGGGCAGCAGGUUUUUUUCUGUGCUAGAGAUGACUGCACGUUUAAAUCUGAGAGCCCUCGCAUGUUCUUGAAUCAUGUAGAUCAGUGCACACCGUGGAAUAAACCAGAGCUGGCUGAUGUUGAGGUAGAGCCACACAUUCGGGAGUGUUUGGAUCAAACUGUCAGUUUUGCUGAGAUGGCCAAAGAGAAGGUAGUUGAAAAGGGAAGAGGAGUGUCAGUGGAUGAGACAGAGUGUAGUGAUUCCAACUUCAGCGUGUUUGAUGAGAAGGACACGGAUGGAAGCAUUCCACUGGACGUUUCAUCAGAUUCAGACUCCUCGUCAAAAUCAGAAAGGAUGAAUGUGCAAGAAAUUGGGGACAGUGAUUCAGAAUCUGACUUGAAUAUUGACCCAGAACCAAGCCUAAACAAGAUUACAUCAGGGAGUACUUAUAGCUAUAAUGUACAUAGAAAUGUUAACAAUUCUUAUUUAGCUGUUGAUGAAAAGGAUGUCUGUGAAAGUCCCCAAGGAAUAAAAUCAUGUAUGGCUAGUUAUGUAGACUUAGAGGAGGAUCUAGCUUUAGAGAGUGAUGAUUCCUUUUCGAGUUCAGAUAAUGAUAUGAUAGAUAUUUCCCGUAAACAUUCACCUUCAGCGAAAUGUGAAAAAUCAGGUCUUACAAUAGAAAAACGUAGUCAUUCCCCAGUAAGUGUUAAUUCAUUUAGUAAUUCACCAGUUAGUGUUAAUUCAUUGGCAGCAUUAGAGAGUACAGAGUUACAAAAAGAUAAUUUGGUCAGUCAGUCAGCAUUAUCACCAGUGCUAGCAAAUGUAUCGUCAAAUGUUAGUAAUUCACCAGAACAGUCUGGUAAAAUUGACCAGCUGGCAACAGUAGAAGGAUCAGGCAUACAAACCAACUCCCCAUUAUAUAAGAAUGAUGAAAGUGAUGAUCUUAAAACACAGGAUAAGUUUGAAGCUGCAACAAAACCCAAUGGAGGUGGAAACUUCUCUGUACAUACAAGCCCAGCUGAAGACCAUCUUGGUGUGGAUCAGUUAAACACAGUGGAAAAAUCAGGCUUACAGGGUAGAUUAUUACAACACCAACAGCAAGUUCUGGAUGUGUUUGAAGAAAGUAGUUCAGGUUUACUCCAUAACACACAAGACCACAGUUUAAGAGAGGAUUUGGAAUUAGAAAAUACAGCCUUACAGAGCAACGAUAAUGAACACCAAAAACCAGCGGAUGAGUUUGAAACAGAUAACUCACUUUUACGGAGUAACUCCUCCCCCAAUCAACAAAUGAUGACUGAUGAGUUUGAAAUAGAUAACACACUUUUACAGAGUAACUCCUCCCCCAAUCAACAAAUGAUUACUAACGAGUUAGAAAAGGAUGAGUUAGAAAAUAAGUUACCACACCAUUCCCCCCUGCAUAAAAAGCUGACAGAUGAGUUUGAAAUUGAUAAUCCAGCCUAUCAGGAUAACAGUUGUCAACAAAAUGUGCAAGCUGGCAGAUUUGAAAAUGAUAACUCAGCCUUGCAGAGUAGAUCCCAUUACCAUCAAAAUCUAACCAAUGAGCUUGUAGUGGAGAGCACAGUAUUAGAGAGUAAGUCCACCCAGCCUGAUACACUAACACAGGAGUUUGAAAUGGAAAACUCAGCCUCACACAAUAUCACCCAACACAGUGGGCAAGCUGUCUGCCAGUUGGAGCAUGAAAACUUAGCUUUCCAGGGUAACUCUCAAUAUACAGAACAAAAUGGUACUCUAUCUAGAUCAGAAAACUCUACACAGCAUUGUACCAGGUCAACCAGCGAUGAGCUAGAAAUGGAGGAGUCUACACCUGUAGACUUAUCAACCACACAGAGCAAUUUCUAUAAACCUUCUCAGUCGGCCAAUGAAGAGAUGGAAAUAGGGCCAGCUGUUAAAUCCUGGGUAAAGAGUGUUCAGCCAAGAAAUGAUAAGUUACUUCAGAGAUUUUUUGGUACGGAAGAAAUACAUCCUGUUCAAAGUGAAUCAGUGGACAAUUUUAGCUUCCCAUCUCAGUGUAAUAAUUUACAUAAUGUAGAACCAGCCAAGGAUACGCCUAUAGAUACAGUGUUCAGUGACACUAAAGGUAGUUUAAAUAGUUGCAGUGGAUUGACUGGAGAUGAAGAACUGACACCAGCAGAGAAUAGCUCCUAUUAUGUCUCCUCUGCUCACACAUCACAAUUCACCUCUGCAGAUGAUGCUAAUUAUUGUGGAAUGCGGCAAAUUAGUCAUUUAACUCACCCAGAAGAACUUAGGUCAGCUGCCCCUUUUGAUAAUAGCUCAACCCCUUUGCAUAGCACUCACUGCACCUCUGCGUAUGAAGCUAAUUUUAGUGGAGUAAAUCAAGUCAGCCCUUCGGUACCCGUCCAUCGUUUAACUCAAGCUGAUGAGUUCAUGCCUGCUGCUCCACUUGAUGUUGGUUCAACUGAUGUCUCUCAAUACACCCAUGUAUAUGAUUCAAAUUUGAGCAAAGUCAGCCAUCCAGUACCCAGCCGUCGUUUAACUCAAUCUGAGGAGUCCAUACCUGCUCCUGAUGUCUCUCAAUAUACCCAUGUAAAUGAUUCAAAUUUGAGCAAAGUCAGCCAUUCAGUACCCAGCCGUCGUUUAACUGGAGCUGAGGAGUCCAUGCCUGCUGCUCCAGUUGAUGUUGGUUCAACUGAUGUCUCUCAAUAUACCCAUGUAAAUGAUUCAAAUUUGAGCAAAGUCAGCCAUCCAGUACCCGUCCGUCGUUUAACUCGAGCUGAGGAGUCCAUACCUGCUGCUCCAGUUGAUGUUGGUUCAACUGAUGUCUCUCAAUAUACCCAUGUAUAUGAUUCAAAUUUGAGCAAAGUCAGCCAUCCGGUACCCACCUGUCAUUUGACUAAAGCUGAGGAAUCCAUACCUGCUCCUGAUGUCUCUCAAUAUACCCAUGUAUAUGAUACUACUUUAACUGAAGUGAGUCCAAAAUGUCGUCCACUACCAAUUAGUCCUUUAACUCCAGCUGCAUUACUUGAUGUUAGCUCAAUAGUCUCCCCUUCACAUACAUCUCAACACACUCCUGCAGAAGAUUCUACUUUUCGUGACGUGAGUCACAUUGAUCAUCCAACACUAAUCAGUGAUGAAACACCAGAUGAGGAGUUUCUACAACCUGAGGCUAGCUCAGAUGAUGUGUCCCCUUCAAGCAGUUCACUGUACACCUCUGUAUAUGAUGCCAAUUUCUGUGAAGUCAGUCACGUCAGCCAUCCAGCACCAAUUGAGGAGUAUUUUACUUCUGAUAAUUGCCAGUCUCUAGACUACUGUACCAUAGAUAAUGUGGAAGUGGCUAAUGAAGUUGACUACCUUGAGAACAACAGUUUGCAUGACACUGGCAGCCAGUUUGAGCCUGCUGUGAUGGACACUGGUCAGCCUUGUCCAGAGGAUGAAAGGUCAGAAGAGCACAUUGUUAGGCCAGAACUUGAUUAUGUUGAAGAGGAGAUAACAUUAUCAGAAACUGGGGCCCAGGAAGUGUGUGAUGAGAUUUUGGAUGAUUUGUGUGAAGAAGAAAUACAAACACAGUUGCAGAACUUGGCUGAAACACAGGCACAGUCGCAGAACUUGGCUGAAAGACAAACACAGUUGCAGAACUUGGCUGAAAGACAAACACAGUUGCAGAACUUGGCUGAAACACAAACACAGUUGCAGAACUUGGCUGAAACACAAACACAGUUGCAGAACUUGGCUGAAGUUGAUGUUGUAGUCCCACCAGUGGCUGUUGUUGCCCCACCUGAGGCUGUAGUCCCACCAGUCACUGAUGUCACUCCACCAGAAGCUGAUGUUGUAGCUCCACCGGUGCCUGUUGUCACCCCACAUGUGACUGAAGCUGCCCUACCAGUGGGUGGGCGUAGUGCACUCCCAAUAGUUGAAAGUCAUCAGAGCUCACCUACAUUUAAACAAAAACCCAACACUAAAGCUCUUCUACCAGGGUCUACUAAGGCUGUCAUUGAGAAAAAAGAUCAAAUUAUGUCUCCACCACUGAAGCUGAGGUUCAAAUUGCUUGGAAACAUGACAGUGUGUAGCAUUAGUGAUGAUACUAAUGCUGCUAAGGUGGAUGAGCCAAACGACAAUAAAGCAGAGAGUAUGGAUGCAUCUGAUGAAUCUGACUCCUCCAGUGGCAGCAGUUCUGACAGCAGCAGUAGCUCAGGCAGCAGUAGUUGUAGCAGCUGCUCUAGUGACAGUGACAGUGAAGAACCAUUGGUUGCUGAUGCUGAAGAACCAUUGGUUGCUGAUGUUGAAGAACCGCUAGUUGCUGAUGUUGAAAAACCGUUGGUUGCUGAUGCUGUAGAACCACUGGUUGCUGAAGAACGGCUGGUUGCUGAGCAAUGCUCCGAUGACACCUGCAAACCUGUGCACAAACAGGUACCCGAGUGGCUAAACGAGCUGAUCGACUCCACUGGGGACUCAGACAGUGACAUGGCCUCCAACCCUCGCAGCGUGCCUCUGUCUGUCAGCUCUGUUAGUGAAACCUACGAAAGCUCUUAUGAGGAUCCUGUCAUCAGGAGCCCCAAACCUGAGGUCCGCAGCUUUGAGGCUAGGCCAGAACCUGAAGCUAAAAAAGCGAAGUUGUCAAGAGGCCAUAAAGCUAAAAGUAAAAAAAAGGAGCUCUCACACUCCCAGCUUACUUGUAUACCAGCUCGAAGUGCUGCUGUGAAAGCUCUGUCAAAGAUGAAGCCUGCUCUAGAGGAUGGAGACAGUAGUGAAAGUGGGGAGAAAUUAAAAAGAAAAUAUUGCAGUAAAUCAAAACCUAUUUAUUCUCAGCCAUCAACAUCUUACCAUGUAAACACUGAAGUGACAGAUCAACUCAAAACACCUAGGUUGUCAUCAGAUUCGGACAAAGGCAAUGAUUCAGGUCAUGAAAAAACAGCAGUUUACAUGUGUGGCUAUUGUUUAGAUGUCAGUGAGGGGACACUAAAAAAGAUCAAACCCCAUGUCUUAAAUAAACAUAGCUCAAUGCCACCUAUGGUAGUUAACUGUUUUAAACAGAGGAGGCAUGAGCGGUGCAGGUUUUUCAUCUGCUCACACCCAGAUUGUUAUAAGCUGUCUAGCACUGAAAAACAGUUUGAGCGGCACACAUUAUCUCACCGGGCACCAACGAGUCACAAGUCCACAGGAAAAAAGGCUGUUGGUGCCAGACAAAGCAAAAAAUCAAACAGUGGGAACUUCCCCGCGUGUAGGGUGGAGCUUGACAUGUUGGACCUGCGCAAGUUGAAGAGAUCCAGCAGCAUGUCUGUCAGGCUGGAGGAGAAGAAGUACCAGUGCUUGUACUGCACUGGCUACUUCUACGACAGCACUCUAUCGGGCAUGAAGGCACACUACGCCCAGGAGCACAAGGGCCAGCUGAUGGUGAUGCGGGACACCGAGGCCAGGAAAUCCCAGCUGCCCUCGCGUAUCUACGUGUGUGAGAUCCCCAACUGUGAGUGCUGCUACAUCAACCGGUCUGACCUGGACCACCACUCCAAGAUUCACAAGUCCAACCUGACCUACAUUUAUGAGUGUGCCUGCUGCGGGUGGUACUCAUCCUCCCACCUGGCCGCCACCCAACACCUGAGGUCUCAGCAUGCUGAUGAAAAGAACGUCUCACUCAUACACAUGCAGGUGUCAGUUGAUGAGUAUGGUCAAACAUCGAAAAAAGUUUUAUAACAGACCAGAAAUUGUUUUUUAAAAAUCCUUCUAUAGCAGCUUAAUAAUCUAUCUUUGGCCC